UGGAGCUCAAGAGCCCAAGAGUUCACAGUGCUGACAGUCCAGGGCUUGAAGCACCCGGCACCCCAGACAUCAUGGGUUUGUCCUUGCAACCCCGGAGUUUAAUUCUGUGCUUCUCCAAUCUGUUAUUGUUCUCUUCAACGUGCCUGGCAUAUGUGGCAACCAGAGACAACUGCUGCAUCUUAGAUGAAAGAUUUGGUAGUUAUUGUCCAACUACCUGCGGCAUCGCAGAUUUCCUGUCUACUUAUCAAAACAAGAUAGACAAGGACCUGCUGACUUUGGAAGACACCUUAAGUGAAGUUGAAAACAAAACGACAGAAGUCAAAGAACUCAUCAAAGCAAUCCAAGUCAGCUAUAAUCCAGAAGAGCCAAAAAAGCCAAGUAUGAUAGAGAGCGCCACCCAGAAUUCCAAGAAAAUGGUGGAAGAGAUUAUGAAAUACGAAGCAUUGAUUCUAACACAUGACUCGACUAUUCGAUUUUUGCAGGAAAUAUAUAAUUCAAAUAAUCAGAAGAUCCUUAACCUGAAACAGAAAGUAACCCAGCUUGAAGCCAAGUGCCAGGAGCCUUGCAGAGACACAGUACAAAUCUAUGAUACAACCGGGAAAGAUUGUCAAGACAUUGCCAAUAAGGGAGCCAAACAGAGUGGCCUUUACUUCAUCAAGCCUCUGCAAGCUAAGCAGCAGUUCUUGGUCUACUGUGAAAUUGAUGGAACUGGAAAUGGAUGGACUGUGCUGCAGAAGAGACUUGAUGGCAGUGUGGAUUUCAAGAAAAACUGGAUUCAGUAUAAAGAAGGGUUUGGCCAUCUGUCUCCUACUGGCACCACUGAGUUUUGGCUGGGAAAUGAGAAGAUUCACUUGAUAAGCACACAAUCUCCAAUCCCAUAUGUAUUAAGAGUGCAGCUGGAAGACUGGAAUGGCAGAACCAGCACUGCAGACUAUGCCAUGUUCAAGGUGGGACCUGAAAUCGACAAAUACCGCCUGACCUAUGCCUACUUCAUUGGUGGAGAUGCUGGUAAUGCCCUCGAUGGCUUUGAUUUUGGUGAUGAUCCUAGUGACAAGUUCUUCACAUCCCACAAUGGCAUGCAGUUCAGUACCUGGGACAAUGACAAUGAUAAGUUUGAAGGCAACUGUGCUGAACAGGAUGGAUCUGGUUGGUGGAUGAACAAGUGUCAUGCUGGCCACCUCAAUGGAGUUUAUUACCAAGGUGGCACUUACUCAAAAGCAUCUACUCCUAAUGGCUAUGAUAAUGGCAUUAUUUGGGCUACUUGGAAAUCCCGCUGGUAUUCCAUGAAGAAAACCACGAUGAAGAUAAUCCCGUUCAAUAGACUCUCCAUUGGAGAAGGACAGCAAUACCACCUGGGGGGUGCCAAACAGGUCAGGCCAGAACACCAUGUUGAAAUAGAAGAUGAUUAAAUCAUCUUGCUCUGAGAUUGUAGACAGCUAACUGUUAAUUUCUAUGGAUUCACACAAAGUUUCAGAAAUUUUCUGAAAGUCUCUUCCGAUCUUCCUUUACUGCAUUUAUUAAUUUUAAUUAUUCAUAAAAGGAUAUUUGGUCUUAAAUGAAAAUUAAGAUUCACAUCAGACUGUAUUCCCAAAUUACUAAAAUCAGAGUUAUUUUAAAAUUAUUUAUUGAGGAGAUAAUAUUUGGACUUAUUUCCUAAGUUUGUUGAAAUAAAACCGUGACUUUUUUUGCCUUGU